AUGAAGCACACUCGAAGAAGCAAUGCGAAAAGUCGAAUGGGAUGUCGCACCUGCAAGCGGAGGAGACUCAAGUGCGACGAGACCAAGCCAUGCUGCAUCCGCUGCCUCGCGGGCAACAGGUUAUGCGAAGGUUACGGCAUUGCCAUCGACGUGCCGGCGCGGCCAGCCUCCAAGCCUCCACUUCCAAACUCUGCUCUGGCACGGGGUGAGUCGAAGCCGGAGAUCCAACCCAAGCCCGCCAGAGGCUUGAAGACCAUUUCGUUUCUCAACCACUCGGAAUCCCUCACCUUUGAGAUCUUUCGAUCCCGCACCGUCCCCGAGAUGGCGGGCGUCCGAUCGCGCGGCUUCUGGCACAACGUCGUCCUUCCCGCAUGCUACGACGAGCCUGCCGUCCUGCACGCUUGCAUGGCUCUCACCAUCGCCUGUCGGUGGCUCCUAACGCCCGUCUGCAAGUCGGGAUCCAGCCAGGAAGAGGUCGUCCGGCUGGACACGGUCAACCAGUACAACAAGGCCAUUCAACACCUCAAGGCGCAUGUCACUGGGCUCGACAACCUGUCGUCUUUGCGACUCACUCUGAUCACCUGCGUCCUGUUCAUCGCCCUCGAACUCUGCACGGGCCAGAUCCUUCCGGCCAUGAUGCAUCUGAACGAAGGCAGAAAGCUCCUCCACUCGUGUGUCGACCUCGACAAGCCUGGCGUUACCGAUGGCGAACCGAAGCCACUCGUCUUGUCGUCAAGACCCCAAUCGGUAGAGGAAGAGCUGGUCGCCGUGUUUGCCGACCUGGACUUGCAAUCGACCUACUUCGGGUCCGCGAGGCCACAGCUCAAGCUGACGGCCCACGAGACGAGGCGAGAUCCUCGCCCAUCGCCGGGUGUGGAGCCACUCUUCUCGUUCGCGCUCCCCGUCGAAUUCGGUUCCAUCCAAGAAGCGGAUCAACAGCUGACCCUCCUUGCCAACAGAUGCCUGGAGUUCGUGGGCGACCGACUCGAACCGGAUCGGCAGAGCCUGCGAAAUGCAGCCUCGAACUUCCAUCGCCAGCAUCUGUGCACGCUCCUCCAACGAUGGCGACAGACGCACGAUCGAUUCUGUCGCCGGGUCGGCGAUGCCGCGACGUCGCAAGGGUCGUGGAAACAACAAUGGGCCUCGAUGCUGGUCCGACACGCCUGGCUGAAUCUGGGCGUAUCUCUGUCGUACUGGGAACUCGACGAGAGCGAUCUCGACGCGUACCUGCCAGCCUUCACCACCAUCGUCGCCCUCUCCUCCGGUGUGGUGCUGCCGGAGACGACGCGCAAGGGCCGCUUCUCCCUGGAAUCCGGCGUGGUCGCGCCGCUCUGGUUCACGGUGAUGAAAUGCCGCCAUCCCCGGAUCCGUCGUCAAGCUCUCCACCUUCUCCGGCUGGCUCCUCGCGAAGGACUCUGGGAUCCCGACUUGGCGGCUCAGCUUGCGCGCGAAGCCAUCAGGCUGGAGGAGGGACUUGACACGCUGGACGAAGAUGGCUUACGGUGGGAUACUCCCAUCCACCGCGAGGACGACGACGCGGGACAAGUGGUGCCAUCACAUCGUCGCAUCGCUACAGCCGAGAUGGAGUGGGCGGAUGGAGAGGACCCGGUGUUGGUCAUGACAUUCAGGCGGACGGCGUGUGCGAGUGAUGGCAACCGCCCCAAUACCGAAACAAUCGUCGUCACGCGGCCGUACGAGACUCAUCAGACUUUGAGCUAGCACCAAGGGACAGUCAGCCUGGAGCCCUGGUUUUGUCUGGAUGGAGGUGACAAACUAGCGAGGUAGGCAGCGAGGCGAUUCACUUUACCAAGGUAGAAGCUGAUUAUUUCGCACUUGAAACUCUCCCGUGAUCGGAAAACAACACCUGCUGUUUCGAGAGCCUCCUCGAUGAGGAUGGAGUUGAUUCCCUGCAGAUGAUCGGGACGAAGCUGGAUGAAUUUGAAAGUGAAGGUGUCAUCGUUGAAUACCGUUGUGGAUUCCUGAUUUGCUCAGAAUAGCUUGUUCGAGGCCUUUCGAAUAGCUGUUCCGUGCAAAGGUGGUAUCGUGUUUGAUGGGAAGUGCUUCGUCGGGUGAAAGGUCAUAUGUGUGGUGUGGAUGGGUUGCCAAAUGGU